GUGUGGCUUGAGUUGGGCCGCGCACGUGUGAUUGAGAGCUGCUGUGCUGUUUAUUAGUGUUUUUAUUUGUUCGUCUGUUACUGGUAUAAUUUGAGGGACGUUAUUGUCCUCUUUAUAACCUCACCUUUGAUUGUGAGAGUGACUCUUCAUCAUGUUCCUGCAGUUUUAUCUGAAUGAGAACGGCGACAGGGUUUACACUCUGAGGAAAGUGGACCCAUCCGGUCAGCCCACCAGCUCGGCGCACCCUGCCCGCUUCUCUCCGGACGAUAAGUUCUCCAGACACCGGGUGACCAUCAAGAAACGCUUCGGGCUUCUGCUAACACAACAACCACGACCUGUGCUGUGAACGGACCAGUGGACUUUUACACACAAUUUAUUCAUAUAUUAGUGUUUAUUUUUUAAUUCCUGAAAGUAUGGCAUGAUUUUUUUGUACAGUGUUUAUUCUGUUAGUACAAUAAACGUGAGCAUCCGAAUGGAAUAAAAUGCGUUAUUUGUAUGUAAUUUACACCUUCCAUUUGUAAAACAUUGCUAACAGGGAACAGACCCGUUUUAUUUUUGUAAAUCUUAAGUAUGG